CACGGCCCGAGCCAAGGGGAGUUGCGGUGGGCGCCGCUUUAACGGAGCGAAUUUCGCUGUCCAAGUCGAGAGAGGAGGAGAGAGAGAGGGGGUGGGGGGGUAACAACGGAGGCGAAAGAGUUUAACACGACAAGCAAUGGCGUGGCAUCCACGUAGCAACAAGAGGAUGAUGCCAAUGGGUGACCACGGCUACAGAGAGAAGUCAACAUUUAUGGACCAGGAGCCUCGUUGGCUGGACAACCCUGAUGACGUACCGAUCUAUCAUUAUCGAGGCAUGGAGCGGCGUAGGUCACCCAAAGAAUGGUACGAAGAAGAUCGGGACGUCCACCGACAGUGGGACAGGCGUUCAGCAAGUCGCGCACCAGAAUACAGUGAGCAAGACCACUACCGCCACCAAAUGCCUCGUGGCAGGCCCUGGGCCAACAACACGCCGUCCGGCGCGAUGCCCUUCGACGCUCGCACCGUGCGCAACACGGCUCGUGGCGGCAGUGGCGACGACGGAGUUGGUGUGCGGGACCGCAGCUUCUCCCCCUACGAGCGCGGCAAUGACCUGCGCCGCAGCUACUCGCCGAACAACGACUCGUACGAGCCGGGGCCAGGGAGGUGGACGAGCGGCCGCAGUUACGAGCGGGAGCGGUUGCCCCCGUUGCUGCCCGGGGGCCGCAGCAUCGCUGGCGACAGGCGGUCUGUUUCGCCGCCGCCGUACUUCCAGGGCCGCCCGAGUUUCACGGAAUGGGACGAUGCACCCGGGAGAUCGAAGGCUGCCAGGCCGGAACCCAAGAGGAGGAGGAGUCCUCUGCUGGCGCAUCCCAAGGCGUACAGGUCGACGUUGCCAGCCGCGGGCCAUGCUGUGGGUGUCUCAUUGAAGCCGCACACGGUCACCAGGCAGAGCAAAGGAAAAUCUGCGGAACCGCCGAAAACUAAACUUGGUUUCCGCAGCCCGUCGGCCUCCCCCAAGGUACUCGAUGCAGCACAGCCACCAACGCAAAGCGGACAGAUCAACUCGAGCCUGGCUGCCGAGGAGGUCGUCUCUGCGGCGGUGGCGGCGGUAAAGAACGCUUCCCCCAAGCCGUCCGAUUGGACGGAAAGGACGAACCUCGCCGACAUGAUGGUCGGCGCGGACGCCCGCGUGGGCCUGUCGUUUCCCACCAACGGUGUGCCCAAGGACCACCCGACGGAGGCGUACGGCGCUACCUUCCUCCAGAAGUUUGGCCCCAAGGGCGACGAAGACAAGGGACGAGCCAAAUUUGCCGAAAGCAGCGUCGCUGGAAAGUCGAGCGAAGCUAGGCCGGCCACGGACGCUGCGGGCGGUGCUCCUCCGGAGCCGGUGAUAUGGAACUGCGGCAAGCGUUUGGCGGCGGCGGCGAGCGGAGGGAUUCCCUUCCUGUCAUCGACGCUCCAGGAGCAGCAGCAGCAGCAGCAGCAGCAACAGGAUUCCCCGAAUUCUCCCGCUAUGCGCGGCGUAGGGAAGCCGCUUUGUCGGGGCGGCUUGGCGGAGAUUUCGACUUCCUCUGACGAGCCGGCAGCGGCGCGUUUGGAGAAGGCCUCCGUGGGACCGGUGGCGGGGCCUUCGGAUGGCGCCGUUGGCUCGAGCACGGCCUCUCCGCCCGUAGGCAUCGGAGACGCGGAGGCUGCAGCUAAGAGUGUGAAAGAGCCGGAGGGCGAGAAGCACCUGGACACGGUGGACGAAGAGGUGCUCAAGAAGAGGCGUGAAAUCGAGCAGGCGUACCGGGAGGACUGCGGGACGUUCUGCACGGUGGUGAGGAUGCUGGUGGACAAAGACCCGUCGCUGGAGAAUGCCGUGCAGGCCUCGCUGAGGGCCAACAUCGUUGAGAUGGGGCAGCAGGCCCUGGAGCAGCUCCGGAAUUUUGUGGCGAGCCGCAAGCGCUUGCGGAGCAAGGAGCACUCGCCGGCGCUGCCGCAGGUCUGACCGGCUCCGUAGCGCGUCUGCAACAGCGGCCGCGGUGGUCGAGGUGUUUCGCUUGAGAAAUGGAAGUGGACUUGGGCACAGGAAGGCGUGAUAGUGUUGAAUGUUUAUAGUGUGUACGUGUGUAAAAUGAGCGUGUCGAAACUUGGGUUUUUGGAAAGCCCUUGGUGUUGGUUAGCAGUAUUGGUUAACCAUUGUCUGUAUUGUUAUUGUUGUUUUUUUUUUUACAAAUCGUGUACAGAUGUCAAUAAGUGCGUGUGAAGUUACGUUUGCUGUAACUGUUAUAUUAUAUAAACCAUCCGGAUAAGACUGUGGUGGUGUAACAGUUGUUUCUUCCGGAGUGGAAGUUGGACCAAUGGAACUAUUUUCUUAAUCCCCCUCCCCCACCCACCAUUUUAAUGGAUACACCACAAGGCAAUCGUCAUGUUCUGUGUGGUGGGGUAAACUGUGAGUAUUCCCAGAACGCUUCUAAGGGUUCUGUCCAGAGUCGAGGGGGAGUUAGUGGGAUUUUUCUGGAGCUCCCUCCCUCCAAUGCCGGGGCCUGGACCUACACCUUUUGCCUUUGCAAACCAUAUUCAAAUGAUGUACAUAUUUUUUACAUCGAGGCUACCGAAACGCAAAGAACAGGAGUGAAGAGAUGAGAAAAAAAGAAAAUAGGACACAUAACAAAACAUCAUUAUUUAAUUGGAAGGCGGGCGUGAUUUUGUGACACAAAUUCAACGAGCCGAUGUGGGAGCGGUGAAUCGUUACAUCCUAGAUUUGAAGCUUUCAUCCUAGAUUUGAAGCUUUAGGUAAAGUUACGUAGGUAAAAAAUGAAAUUAAAAUUAAUAAAAAAUAAAAACAAUAAAAUCACGACGUUUCGGAGGCAACACAAGCUUCACCUGAAGACGGAAGCUUGUGUUGCCUCCAAAACGUCGUGAUUUUUAUUUUACUUUUAUUAAUUUUAAUUUUUUACCUACGUGACUUUACCGAAAAAACCUAAGAAUAUAAAUCGUUACAUCGCUUGAAGGGAGACUGCAGAGGUUCAACGGUGGGGGGGAAGUGAAGGUGGCGUGGUUUUUUUAUGAGCGCGACAUCGUUCUAUUUUUCCUAACACUCACUCAGUGCGGCGUUGAGUUUUGUUGUCUUACUCUUAUUACACGGUGGGCUUUGUUGCAAGUCCCAUUACCCCCUGCUGGUUCAGUAGGCAAGUGUACCGUAUUGAAAUGUGACACCAGCAUACUGCACAUACGUCAAAACACUACCGGCGUUGGUAGGAGGGGCAGGACGGGGUUGGUGAAAUCUGAACCAUCUGGGCUUUAUUUUAACCUAAUUCUCGGGACGACUGCGAGAUGUUUUAUUUUUUAUUUUCUUCUUGUAAUACAAUGGUGUGUUUUCAACGUGCCGUUGUGCAUCUGCCUGUGUGUGCUUUUGCCGUCGGGUUUAUUUUUUUUAUUUUCUGCAUGUUACGUUACAGAGCGUUCCCUUGUACUAUGUUGGGCAGAAAUGUAAUUAUUUACAAAGUAAACGUGCGUGACGUCACACAUUGGAAUAGCAAAAGCAUCUGUCCGUCUCAACGAGAUUUGUACAUUUUGUGUCGUGAAUAUUCUGUAAUAAAAACCAAUGUACAGUG